GGUAUGAGCGGCUGAAAGAUCUGGUCGCAGAGAAAGGAAAGCUGUAUUCCACACGGUGCUUCAACCUUAACAGCAUCAUACACUGCUCCACUAUCCUCAGCUGCAUUGAAAAGCCAGAUGAAGUCUUCCGACAUUGAUCAGGACUUGUUCACGGAAAGUUAUUGCAAAGUAUGCAGUGCUCAGCUUAUCUCUGAAUCUCAGCGGGUGGCACAUUAUGAGAGUCGAAAACAUGCAAGCAAAGUGCGGUUGUAUUACAUGCUUCACCCCACAGAUGGUGGCUGUCCGGCCAAGAAGCUUCGAUCAGAAAAUGGAAGUGAUGAUGAUGUGGUGGAUAAGAACAAGUGCUGUACACUUUGUAACAUGUCUUUUACCUCAGCGGUGGUAGCGGAAUCCCAUUAUCAAGGGAAAAUACAUGCCAAAAGGUUAAAACUGUUGCUAGGAGAACAGCCCCCAUUAAAGGCCACAGACACUGCUCUGAGUUCGCUAAAGCAGCCCAACGUGGACAAUUCCCCAAUGGUUGCUUCAGCUUAUCAAAGAAGAGACUCAGACAGAUACUGCCAGCUUUGUGUGGCCUGGUUUAAUAACCCUAUGAUGGCACAACAACAUUAUGAUGGCAAAAAACACAAAAAGAAUGCAGCAAGGGCUGAUUUAUUAGAACAACUAGGAAAGACCCUGGAUCUGGGGGAGUUGAGAGGUCUGAAGCGCAGUUAUACAUGUAGCAUCUGUAAUGUCACUCUAAACUCAAUAGAACAGUAUCAUGCUCAUCUGAAAGGCUCUAAACAUCAAACCAACCUGAAGAAUCAGUAGUGAAAACAUCAAUCCAGAGAAAAGAAAAACAUCAGGAUUUCUUCCUCAAAGAAGAGUUGCUAAUCAACAGAUAGAGAGCAUUCUUUCUUGGACAAUGAACAUUACUUGUGAGGAUUCACAAAUUAAUGUAUUACUAAUCUUGGUUUAAUCUUGGACAGUGAAUGGAUUUUCUUUUUUAAUUUUGUGGUAAGUUAAAAUAUUUGGAUGGACUUUUUUUUUUAACCUUUUCAAGAUGUCAUCCCACAUCCUGAAAUACAAACCUGUAGCCAAGUGAUUACAACACUCAUGUUUAGAGACAGUACAAAUAAAAUAUUUUGCUUUUUUCAUAUUUAUUCUAGAUUUCUUCAGAGUAUAAUUACCCAGUUAAAUUAUUGAUGAUUGUGAUGUGCUCCAUCUUCAACUAGAAAUAAACAUUAUUUCUUCAUCAUGUUAAGCAUGAUUAGUUGCAACAUUCAAAGGACUAAAAUGAAGUGCAAGCAACAGGAGAUGUAUGAUGGAUGAAUUAUUCUUUUCCCCCAGCCUCCUUCAUAUAUACUGAUAGGUCACUGAACCACUGAACAGUGAAAAUUGAGAAAGGAAAACAAUCUUCAACUCCUUUCCUGCCUUCCAACCAAAGUUCCUAAAGGUUAGCCAUGGUCCCACUCAUUUAUCACAUUUGUUGUGUUAGCUUAGGGAGAGAAUUAGUCUAUCCACAAGAUGCUCACUGCAGCAAACAAUAUCUCAGCAAGGCUCUUCGGUGCAGUGCUUCAAGGCAUCAGCAACAACAGGACCCAAAGUCAGUUCAUUUGGAAAAAGGAUUCAAAUAAAUGGAUGAUUCCUACCAAAUUAGCCUGAACCAGAUACUUCUCCCCAGAAGUAGAUAGAAGAAAAGGCAAGAAUAUAUGUGAAAAUGAGAAAAGGAACAUUUGCUCAUCCAGGAACAGCUAGUCCUGUGCAGCCAGAGGGACUUUGAUGAGGUAGUUCUCUGUUGGAUUCGAUGUUCUUCAUUGCUGCCAUGUUUGUGAUUUUGGAUUUGUCUGCUUUUUGAAGGUACUUCACUGACCAAGACUUUAGACUCCAACUGAGAUAGUCCUGGUGGGAACGGUUUGGGGGCCUUAAAUCAUAAGCAAGUCUACGCUUUUUGUUAAUAUCCAUUCUCCCCCAACAACACCACCAUCACCGAGUGUCUCUGGCCGGGAUUUCAUGGGGCCAGCCACCCAGUGAAAAUUUUAACUCUUAUGAGUUAAAUAAGAACUAGGUGUUGGUGCUGUGCCAUGUGCCCCAGGCAGAGUGUGUUCAGUGAAGGGGGAAAAAUAAGCCAUUGAUCUCCUGGCAACAAAACAAUCUGGAUUUUCUGGAUAUCUGUUGUUUUUCUAUAAAAACAAGAAGAGGCAAAAACUCAAACACACACAAAAAAACUGGCCACUACUGAUGCAGGAUGAGAGUAUCUGCAAUUACAUUACCACCAGCUUGGAUUCAGGAAAGAAUCUUUCCUCUGAAGAACUCAAAGAAUGGCAAGUUGUUUGUUCUGCCCUGGCAGAACCAGCCAGCAGAAAAGGUCUCUCCUUAGGCCACCAAUGCUGCUUCAGGAGGUGCCAAGAAAAUAAGAUCUGGCAUUUGAGGCCCAUGGGCCGGAUAGCAUUGGCCAGACUCAGUUCUCCAAUGGGGAAGGAGAGCCAGAUGGAAAUCAUUUUAUUUUCCAGUGCAAAUAAGGCAAGGCAGGUUACCCAAGGAGAUCUCCAAAGUCAAAGACUGGUUUUGUUUGAAUGUGUACAAUAUGCUUUUCUUUUUAAAUCAGUUCUGCUGUAAAAUGUCAUGUCUUUGAAAAAGUAGACCUUGCUUCCAUUUGUGUACAAUGAGUGAGUUAGAGCACUGAUGUGGCUAUUUGAAAACAGUCUAUUGUAGCAUAUUUAUUACAAUUAAUUUAUUCUGUUUUGCACACGAUUGUACAAACUAUUAGCUGGUGCAUUUCCAAACUUAACUGUUGGGAACCAUUUCAGGCGAGCAUCACCUCAGGAUGUGACCAAGCCUCACUUCACUGCAGUAAUAAGAUGGUCUUUGGUAAGAAGAGCACGAAUGUUUCAACAUGCCACUGAGGUUAACUAUUCCCUUUGGCUCAGGGGAGGGACUGGUACAUUGCAGUUAUUUCUCUAGUGGAGAGAGAAAAACUACAGAAACUCUGUCUGUUGAAACUCAUUUAGCCUGUGAGGUUGGUAGGCGGAAGUGUUCAAAUUCAGGACAGGUAGCUGAAUUCUCUGGUUUUAUCAUCGAUCUUUUUUGGACAAAGGUUCUGAGGAAGAUUAAUGGAAGUCUGUUCACUUCCUGGGAACUUUGGAGCUUGAGAUUUCUGACAGAAUUUUAUUUCCUUUCAGUACAUUAAUUUCAAAAGAAAUGAUCGUACAUUAAUUUCAGAAGAAAUUAUCUUUCCUCCGCCCUCCUAAAGAACCAGGAAAUGAACUAGAACCUAGAUUCCAAUCCUUUCUUCACUCAGUUGUUUUGAAGAGAAACCCUUAGAUUUAAAGCACUAUAGUGAAUUUGAAGUUAUCUACUUCUAGAAGAGAUCAGAGAAUCGCAAAAGGGAAAGGGAUUGUAAAAGAGGAAUAUUAUUCACCUGACUCCCUUAUUAGCUAGUAAUUGUGAUUGUUGAGUAAUUUGCAAGAUAUUAAGUACCAUAGGCGAACAGUGUUUAUGCCAAUAAUGAUAAUAGAUAGUCAAUAUAUAUCUUGAAUGCCCAGUGGGUGCAUAUACUGGAUUAAAGGCCAGUACUAGGCCACAGUUCCAUGAGUAGAGUGAGAUCAAAAUACCUGAAUUUGAUUACUAACAAAGCCCUGAUCUCCCAAACCUUCUAAACAUUCUUCUUGCUAUUGUUUAUUAGAUUUAGAUUUUUAUAAAGGAGACAAAUGCAGAGAUCACUUUUCCAGAUGAGAUUUGGGGGUCCUGAGGUGGGGAACGAUGCACAUCUUCUAAUUUUGUGGAUAAUACUUUAACCUCAGUUUCCAAUCCCAUGCUUAUAAUCUUGCGUGAGAAUAGAACAUUGGGAAACGUUGUAGAAAUAACCUUUCUAAACUCUAAAGCAAUAAAAUAACUACACCCCUAUCAAACCCCAUUUUAACCAAGUACAUAGUGUUCACCAUUUAUGUGCACCAAUUAAAAAAUAAAACAUGUUUUUCUAUCUUG